AAAAAAACAAAUAAAAAAUGACAAUUAUUUCUGCUCUUUCAAAUCUUGGUUCAGUUCAAAGCUCAUCAUCAUAUAAACAAAUGACUGCUUCAAACUCAUCCUCAUCAAACCCAUCAUUUGCUAAAAACAAUAAUGCUCAUCUUGCUGAUGUUAAUAUCUUAGCCAACCUUUUAGGUAUCCUCGGUUUAAGUGUUAGCGCCAAAGUUCUUUAAACUCUCACUUUUUUUUUAAAAAAAAAAGAUGUUGUACUUCUAAAAUCAUAAAUAAAUAUUUAUUUAUAUUUUCC